GAGGAGGGUGGGGGGGGGGAAGAGGCGGGCGGGGAAGGAGACACGCCGACUACGGCGGCCGGCGACCGCGAAGCAGCGGGCGCGGUGGCGGGUGUGGCGGGGCGAGGCGGCGACGGCGAGGUGGGGGGCGGCGGAGUGGUCGGGUGGGUGGUGCCACCGUCGCUUCCGCCCGCUCGCGCGGAGGCGGUUGCUCUUGCGGCGACGGCAGUGGCCACACUCGAGGCGCUCCCUCGAGCGCUCCUCAAGCCGGCUCUCAUGUAAUCGACAUGGCAGGGAAUCGUACGACAAUGCUAGGCCGAGGUGCUCACGCAGUCUCCUCCGCUGCUGGCGGCGAGAUACGCCGCGACCUUCGCGGCGGCGCCGUGCCGCGCCGCGCUCCCACCGCCGAUGGCGCGGUUGUGCGGCCUCUGCAGCCGCGCGCUGCUGCUGCAGGCGCGGCGCAAGCUGGACGCACACCGGAGCAGGCGGCUGCUGAGCUCGCUUCGCAUUCUGCCGGUCGAGUCUCUGGUCAGCCUGCUCGCCUCGAGGAGCAGCGACCCGGCGCCGACCGCUUCCGCCUGCCUCCCCCCCUAGAUGCGCGAGAUGUGGCGUACUGCAUCAUGUUGCCACCCUUCGGAGCAUGCCACGGUUCGUUGUGUUCGCGACAUGCUUUGGACACACGGACGCCGUGCUCCCGACCGAGGCGUAUUCCGCAUCCUAGGCCUCCGCCUCAUCCUCGAGAUCACGCGAGAUUACCCGAGAUCAGCCGAGGGUACCCGAGAGUACCCGAAAGUAGGCCUCCGCCUGGUCCUCGCCCGCCCUCUUGGCGGGCGCUCUGUGCUACAGCGCAUCGCCGCCACAUCG